ACUACGCAGCAGCUUGGUUCUCGUCAAAACACAAUUCGCAACCGGAAGAAAGGAAAAGAAAAGAAAAAAAGAAAGACAGAGAAUAAAAAGAGACCCAAAAAUUUAUAUUACCGGAAAAAAAAAGAUGAUCCUUGCAGUAUUGUUCGCAAAUGUCGAAGGCAACAUCUUAAUCGAACGGUUUAGUGGAGUUCCAGCUGAGGAACGGCUGCAUUGGAGAUCUUUCUUGGUUAAGCUGGGGGCAGAUAAUCUAAAAGGAGUUAGAAACGAGGAGCUCCUUGUUGCUUCUCACAAGUCAGUUUAUAUUGUUUACACAGUGCUUGGGGAUGUCAGCAUUUUCAUUGUUGGCAAAGAUGAGUAUGAUGAACUUGCAUUGGCAGAAGUCAUCUUCGCCAUAACAUCAGCUUUAAAGGAUGUAUGUGGGAAGCCCCCUACGGAGCGCCUCUUCCUCGACAAGUAUGGAAAGAUAUGCUUGUGCCUGGAUGAAAUUGUUUGGAAGGGACUGCUGGAGAACACAGACAAAGAAAGAGUUAGAAGGCUAACAAGAUUAAAACCUCCAACAGAGUUCUGAGUCUGAAAGCUCUUAAAAUCAACCAGCUAAAUGGAGAUUGUAAAAGUCUUGGUUGUUUGUGUCUGUCCCAUGGAACGCUCUUCAAAAGUCUCGGUUGUUGGAUUUCUUUUUAUGAUGUGACUAUUUAAAAUUUUCAGGAUCAAUGUUUCAGUGGACAUCAGGGAAUGCCACAAAACCGUCCAAAGAGAUUGAAACUAGGAUAUGGUUGUUGACUUGUUCUAAGACAUCUGAAUACCUAUUGUACAAUGUAUUAAAUAAAUUGAAAAGAAUUCUAGGAGACUAGUUGUAUU